AUUGUAGCCCCCCUGAUGGCAACGCUCCAGAGAAGUUUUGGCGCUAAAGAAACACAUGAUCACCAGACUCUCUCGCCUCCUUCGCAAAAACCUAAUUUUCGGCCCAAGCAAUAACUCCCCGCCGCCCUUAUUCGCGCACAGGAGAGAAAUGGCGACGCAGAAGCUGAUCGCCAACUUUUUCAAGCCGGUCAACAAGCGUGUGAGCGGAGAGACGCAGGAUACGCAGGUGGCAAAGAAGCCGAAGAUUGCGGAAGAAAAGGAGAAUGCUGAGGAAGGCAACAAUGCUCCAGGCUCUCCAACAAGAUCAUCGGCACCUGAGUUGAACACCUGCCUCAGUCCAGAGCAGAAAGACCGCAUGCAAAAGAACAAGUUAAAGGCUGAGAUAAAGCAGACAAGCAGAAAAUUUGGGGCUCUCCAUGAGAAUAUUGGAACAAGUUGGUUUUCUGCUUUGAAGACUGAGUUUUCUAAACCUUAUUUUGAGAAGCUUAGCCUUUUCCUGGAUGGCGAGCGCAAGAGGUCCACGAUCUUUCCUCCAGCCGAACAAGUAUAUUCCUGGACACACCACUGCGAGCUGCGUGAUGUGAAAGUAGUUAUCUUAGGCCAGGAUCCAUACCAUGGGCCAAGGCAAGCUCAUGGUCUCUGCUUUAGUGUGCAGAAGGGCGUACCACCACCUCCAAGUUUGUUGAACAUGUACAAAGAGCUUGAAUCAGAUAUUGAAGGCUUUGAGCGGCCUUCUCAUGGGCAUCUAAUUGGCUGGGCAAAACAAGGCGUUCUGCUCCUCAACGCUUGCCUGUCAGUCCGUGCCCACAAUGCUAAUUCACACAAAGACCAAGGCUGGGAGAAGUUCACAGACUCGGUUAUCAAGGCAGUGUCGGAUCGCAACAAGGGCGUCGUGUUUCUCCUGUGGGGUUCUUAUGCACAGAAAAAAGCUGCUGUUGUAGAUAAGAAAAAACACCACCUCUUGAACACAACUCACCCGUCGCCUCUGUCAGCUCAUCGAGGUUUCUUGGGAUGCAAGCACUUCUCGAAGUGUAAUGAAAUUCUCAAAAAACAAGGCAAGAAGCCCAUUGACUGGAAUUACUUGCCUCUAGAAAUGUAAAUUUUGUCUUUUUUUUUUUCUACAGGUUUAAGAUUUUAGUUGAGUUUUGCCUUCAGACUAUGUGAAUAAUAGUAUUUGUUUAUAUGACAAAUAAUUGUUUGGGUGACUAAGUUUACUCGCGUCAAACAUUCUGAAGAGUUGAUGAAUUGUUUUAUUUUUUGAAUAAUGUCAUUAUUUACUACUAGUAAAUAAUUAUAUAAAGUCAGUGCAGGAAAGUGACUGCAUUUUAUAUUUACUUUGCAGAGUUGAAGUAUUUUAACUGCAUUUGAUCCUUAGCAGAAUUGGUGUUUGCGAAUGUUUUAAAUAUAUAGUCAUUUAUUAUACAGUAUUCCAGAUCUUUAGAAUUAUGCAAUUAAUAGUGGAUUUUGCAAAAUCAGUUAUUGUUGCUUUAGAAUUUUUCCCAGUACUUUGCAGGAAAAGAUGGUACAAGGAAUUUCCUUAUGAAUCUGAAUUUCUGUCCAGUCCCAAUGUAUUUACAGUGUAUUUCAAAAAGGCUUUUAUUAAGUUGUACAUACUAGGAUGUAAGACUAUGCUGUUUUGUUUUCUUAAGAAAAUGUUUCAGUUAAGUUAGUUUUAUAACUUUUUUACUUUUAUAAUAAAACUUGCUGCAUUGCUUUUUAAAAAAAAGUUUUUCAUGUAACCGCUGGAUUAUUCCUUCCCCAGUCACAGAUACAAUACAAUUCACUUGAUUGCUCUACCUCCUUAACCUUUCCCAUUUCACUAAUCACUGCUCUACUUCAUCUACUUCCCUACUUUCCCUUUUUGUUACCACACUUUUCUAUAACUCCCUCUAAUCUUUGACAUCUAGCACUUCUUGCACUCGGAUUAUUCUAGUUUUUCAACAGCUCUUUUCUUCCUUAAACAUUUUUCCUAUUCCUUCCCCAGUGACAAAUACACUAUAAUUCACUCAAUCACCCUACCUCCUUAACUCUCCCCUUUCUACUAAUUUCUUCUCUAGUUCACUUGCUCCACUACUUGCCUUUUAACUACCAUACUAUCCCAUAACACUCUCAAACCUUUUAUGGUAAUCUUUAACUCUCCUUUGCCCUUUCCAACACCAUACUUCACCAUAGUGUUAUAUUACCUUUGAUGUCUAGCACAUUUACUUUCAAACAUUAA